AUGGAGGUCGGCACCAGAAGGGAACAACCGCUGGGGCGGCGGUGGCGCGAGAUAGCGGGAAACAACGACUUCCACUGGCAGAAGGUAGCGAUGGCAGUUGGAGUAGCACCGGCGACGAGCGUCGCACGCCAGAAGAUGACGACGACGACAUACGAGGAAGAUGAAAGGGCGGCGGCGACGUUUUGGCACCGGAGGCAGGAAGAUCUCAGACAUUGGCGACUCAGUAAAAGAAGAUAUACACAGAAGACUGAGAUGGAUGAAGAAGUGUUGGAUAAAGCUGUAUAUUUGUAUCUAAAGAAAAAGGGAUUCACCCAAACUGAACAGAUUUUUCAACAAGAACAACAAAACAAGAACAACAAGAACUCCACCUCAUCUAUUUCUGCUACCGAUGUUUCCCUUUCAGAUCCAGAUCUUGCUAAACAAAUCCUCGCGUUUUCCCAGUCAGAAAGUAUUCCAACACUGUAUCAUGAUGGAUACAGCAAGUUGAGGUCAUGGACUUAUAGCUCACUAGAUUUAUACAAGCAUGAAUUGCUUCGUGUUCUCUACCCAGUAUUUAUCCACUGUUUCAUGGAUCUCAUAGCAAAAGGCCAUCUUCAAGAAGCUCGAGCAUUCUUCAAUACUUUUCGUGAAGAUCAUGAGAUGAUGCAUUCACGAGACCUCACGAAAUUAGAAGGUGUUCUUUCCCCAUCUCAUUUAGAGGAAAUGGAGUUUGCUCACACUCUAAGGCAGAGCAAAGUGAAUAUAAAGAUAUGUCAGUAUUCUUAUGAUCUUCUUCUUCAAUAUCUACACAAGACACAAUCCAUUACAAUGCUUGGUAUUAUCAAUGAGCAUAUUGACUUCCAAGUUUCUCCUGGACAACCUAGCUCUAUAUCUGAUGAUGCUGAAGCCUUUUCACUUGUUGGAAGUGGACAAGAUGCUGCUAAUUUAAUAAAUCAAAAAGAAAUACAUUGGGGGUUGCUUGAAGAUUGUUUAGAAGAUCGGCUUGAUAAAGCAGGUGGAUUGCUCUCAGAUUCAGAAAAGACAGAAGGAGAAGGCAAAGAAGGAGAGUUAGAUGAAAAUAAGAAAAAAUCAACAGAGGGUGGAAAGCAAGGUGGGCCCCUCAAGAAGCUAAAGAAGGAUAAAGUUGUUGGUGGGGCAGGGAAAGCUGCCCGAGGGGAAGGUGAAAAGUCAACUGCUGCCCCACGGGUCAAACCUGAGCUUACUUUGCCAACAAUAUCAACAGAUGUAGAACAUUCUAUUCUUGAAGACCUUAGAAACCGUGUACAAUUAAACAAUUCCACACUUCCUUCAGUUAGUUUCUACACAUUCAUUAAUACACACAACGGAUUAAAUUGCUCAUCAAUAUCCCACGAUGGAUCAUUAGUAGCUGGAGGUUUCUCAGAUUCAUCACUCAAGGUCUGGGACAUGGCAAAACUUGGGCGUAUGGGGAGUUCUGUUUUGCAGGGUGAAAAUGAUGAAAACACACAUGGAUCAAAUAGUGGAAAAAGGUCUUACACUUUGUAUCAGGGGCAUUCUGGUCCAGUUUAUUCAGCUUCAUUUAGUCCUUUUGGGGAUUUUCUCUUAUCAUCAUCAUCAGAUUCAACAAUUCGAUUAUGGAGCACAAAGUUGAAUGCAAAUGUCGUCUGCUACAAAGGUCAUAAUUACCCUGUAUGGGAUGUUCAGUUUAGUCCACUUGGACAUUAUUUUGCAAGUGCAUCUCAUGAUAGAACAGCUAGGAUUUGGUCAAUGGAUAGAAUCCAGCCUCUAAGAAUACUUGCAGGACACUUAUCCGAUGUUGAUUGUGUACAAUGGCAUAUGAACUGCAAUUACGUGGCAACUGGAUCAAGUGACAAAACUGUUCGUUUAUGGGAUGUACAAACUGGUGAAUGCAUACGAAUUUUCAUUGGUCAUAGGAGUAUGAUUUUAUCAUUAGCCAUGUCACCCGAUGGUAGAUACAUGGCAUCUGGUGAUGAAGAUGGAACUAUCAUGAUGUGGGAUGUUUCCAAUGGUCGAUGUGUCACUCCUCUUGUGGGCCAUACUUCAUGUGUCUGGUCUCUUGCUUUUAGUUGCGAGGGGUCGCUUCUUGCGUCUGGUUCGGCUGAUUCGACUGUAAAGUUGUGGGACGUUAACACAAGUGUGAAAACGCCAAAAACCGAAGACAGUAAAAGUGGAAAUACAAAUAGGCUGAGAUCACUCAAGACUCUACCUACCAAAUCCACCCCGGUUUAUGCUUUACGGUUUUCGCGAAGGAAUCUUCUUUUUGCUGCUGGGGCUCUUUCAACAAAUGUGUAAAAUUGGAGGGGGUGGGGUGUGUUUUUAUUUGUUGCUUUUAUGUAGUGUUGACUUAUUUUUAUCUUGUAGUUUAGUUAACAUUUGUUAGUUGAAUCAAUUUGAAUAUGUAGCGAGUAAAAUGCAGUUAAUUUUGUUUUUGUUUUUAAUUACUCUAUU